CAGUUCAAGCUUAGUGGAAAGAAGUCUACAAUGGCGUCCUUAAGGGCAGUCUCUCGGCUAUCAUCUCGCCUGCAAUCUCUCGCUCCAAAGCUCAACAAAAGGUCUCCAUCUUCUGAGCUCUCUCCAUUCAAAUCGGCUUGUCAAUCUCAGCCCUCUGCAGCUUCUACAUCGCGUGUUUCUUGCACUUCGCGGUUACCAUUGGAGUUGAGUAGUCAGGGGUCACUGAUGCCAUUGCACAGCGCUAUAGCUGCAGCUAGAUUGAUUUCGAGUCUGAGCAUUGAAUCUCAAGGAUGGGGGCUGGUUCCUCAGGGUAUUUCAAUGCCUUUAUGACGGCUUUACUUUGCAGAAGCUCCACGGUUCUCUUGAAUUGGAAUGAUCUUGAUUGCUGAACGCUUUGCUGAACCAGAGCUCUAACCAUUUUGAAUCUUAUCUUUCUUCAACAACAACAAAUUUUUUUGUAAUGAAUUGAAGCAAUCAAGAAAUGGGUACUUUUUUCCUUUGAAUUUCGAGGUUUUUGGGGUCUGGGUUUAGAGAAAAUAUUGCAGUUUUUUUCUUUUUUUUCUUCUUUUUGGUGUUCUUUGGUGCAAUAGAUUGUGAUGUGAAUGUGUAAGAAAGAAAUAGCUGAAGGGUUUAAGUGGAAAAAGUGUUUGCAAUAAAGGCUGCAAAUUUAGUUGAGUUUC